AUGGAGACUCCUCUUGAGAAGGCUUUGACCACCAUGGUCACCACCUUCCACAAAUACUCAGGGAGAGAGGGUAGCAAGCUGACCCUGAGUAGGAAGGAACUGAAGGAGUUGAUCCAGACGGAGCUGACUCUUGCAGAGAAGAUGAAGGAGAGUAGCCUUGAUGACCUGAUGAAGAGCCUGGACAAAAACAGCGACCGGGAGAUCGACUUCAAGGAGUACUCGGUGUUCCUGACUACGCUGUGCAUGGCCUACAAUGACUUCUUCUUGGAGGACAGCAAGUGACCACGCUUCCCUCUCCCUCUGCCUGGCUGU